UCAAACCAAACCCACCUCACUAAGCAACCCAAAGCCCACUCUCCCGUUAUAUUGGCGCGUCUCCGUUUCAGAGAAGUCUUAAACCCUCCUUCUCUCUCAUCUUUCCUUUCAAGAAUCAUCCCCGUCGUCAUGGGUUCGAACGACGAGAGAUCCGAGAUUGCAUUCUUCGACGUUGAAACCACGGUGCCGACUCGACCCGGUCAGGGUUACGCCUUACUUGAAUUCGGUGCAAUCUUGGUGUGCCCAAGGAAGCUGGAGGAGCUUCACAGCUAUUCGUCUCUAGUCCGACCCGCUGAUCCGUCCCUAAUCAACUCCCUCUCCGUUCGCUGCAAUGGAAUUACGCCGGAAGCUGUUGUUUCAGCUCCCCCUUUCGCUGACAUAUCCGACGUCGUUUAUGACCUGCUCCAUGGUCGGAUUUGGGCGGGGCAUAAUAUUAUCAGGUUUGACUGUAAGAGGAUAAGGGAGGCAUUUGAGGAGAUUAAUCGACCUCCGCCGGAGCCUAAGGGGAUAAUUGAUUCUUUGGCCUUGUUGACUCAGAGAUUUGGGAGAAGAGCUGGUGACAUGAAGAUGGCAACUCUUGCAGCAUAUUUUGGGCUUGGACAGCAGACACAUAGAAGCUUAGGUGAUGUGCGAAUGAAUCUUGAAGUUCUCAAGUACUGUGCAACAGUUUUAUUCCUGGAGUCUAGCCUUCCAGACAUAUUUACUGAGAAAAGCUGGGUCUCGCCUAAUGCUACUACCAGAAGUCGUACAAAUGGAAAAUCAAGCCCUGGUGGAGUAAGCCCAAACGUGAAUACUACCUCAUCAAGUUCAAAGCUCGCCAAUAAUCCAAUCCUGUCUACUACAGAUCAAGUAAUGGACCAAUAUAAUCCAUUAUUGUCUCUUGCCAGUAGCGGCAGCAGCAGCACUGACGAGUGCUUCAAUUCAGUGGCAUCGGAUACCACUCGUUCAGAUCCUUUCGACAUGGGCUCACUUAGUAAUGAAAUGAAUACUGAAUCCCUUCAACGGGAUAUCUCUAUGGAAGAAAAUUCUGUGCCAGAGUCUUCUGAAAUAUCUUCCACAGAGGCAUUCAUUGAAGGUUGCGGUGGCUAUAUUGAAUUCCUGGCCCCUGAUGAAGUUUGCGUUCCUGAUAUCCGUGCUUCUCUAGUCCCAUUGUAUCGUGGGAGUCAGAGAAUAAAACUGUUGCAUAAAGAUUUCUCUUUGCAGAUUUGUUAUUCUCGUUUGAGAGUGCGUUUUGGGAUUAGCACAAAGUUUGUUGACCAUGCUGGUCGACCACGAGUGAGUUUUGUAGUGGAUGUGCCUCCAACUUUGUGUACAGUUCUUGAUGCAUGUGAUGGUGUUGUGCAAAAGGUGUCCUUAGAUUCUGGUAGCAGCUCAGAAUGGAGGCCUGUUGUGACCAGAAAAAAUGGCUUCUUCAACUAUCCUACAGCAAGACUGCACAUUCCUACCGUAGUAAAUGAAGAUUUAGCCCAAUAUGCCACCGAGAUGUACCAGAAAGAAUCUUCCGGAGCUGCACAAAAGCUUGUGUUUAGCAAAUUUGAUGCUGCAGAACUGGACAGUUUCUUCAAACCUGGGACCUUUGUGGAUGCAUACUUUUCCUUGGAUCCGUAUGACUAUCAACAGAAUGCUGGCAUCCGGUUAGUGGCAAAAAAAUUAAUAAUUCAUUCGGAGUGAUGCAAAUAAGGGAUCAACAAUUUGGCUCGCCGGGUAGUCUGUUACUUGACAUUAGUACCAAUUGACUGUAGAUUUGCUAAUCUCUUGUUCCUGAGGUUAGAAUGUGAAGGGCAUGUACCAUGAUUUAUGUUCAGAAUAUUUUCUGAUGCACCGGAAGGGACACAAUGGUUUAUGUUGAGAAUAUGUUGUAAGUGGAAAAAUUUGUCCCAAGUGAUCAGCUUCUUGUCGGAUUUUCCACAAGAAGCUGAUUCUAAUCCAAUCUAUGAAAUAGAAGACAGAUUUGAAUCUA